CUUCUCGCCGGCUCGGCAGCGCGGCCAUGGAGAACGGCGGCGUCUACAACGAGACCACCGAGCCGCGGGCCAAGCCGCCCCUCCGCCGCCGCUGCGGCUGCACCCUGCGGCACCUGCGGGGCUGGCGGCUGGUGCACAAAGCCCUCCAGCCGGUCCUCUCUUUUCUGGCUGUUAUUUUUGAAGAAAUUGUGGAGGAUUGUAUCAACUGUCAUGGGCUGUACUUCUUUGAAUUUGUAAGCUGCAGUGCUUUUCUUUUGAGCCUCCUGAUCCUGUGUGUGUAUUGCACUAUUGCAUAUGAAACGUUUGGGAAAGAUAAAGUAAACAAAAUGAAUUUUUGGACCAUGCUAAUUAUAGGUGCCUUCUUUCUAAUAGCUUCAAUAGUGCUUGCUGCAACCAGCUCUGGGUCUGCUUUUGAAAAAGCUGCUUGUGUGUUUGGAUUUUUUGCAAGUGGGGCAUUUUUAGCUGAAUUUAUAUGGGAACUUUGGUGCAGUCGGAAACAAAGCACUGAAGAACGCUCUGAAAAUCCAGGCCACACUCAAGGUGCCACAGAAGAUCAGCCACUGAAUAAGCCAAGCUAAACUUUCUGAAAUUAGUUCUUUUUUUUUUUUUGAGUGGAGCAAGCUAAAACAAAGUUUCAAUGCUCUGUAGGUAAUAACUUCUGUCCCUUCCUUCUAAUCAGUUUUAUUUGUCACAAAAACUUAAAGAUCUGCAGGCAAGUAGUGACAUCUUGAGCAUUGUGGUUUAUUUAAUUUUCUAAGCAACUGGUCCUGCCACCUAUUUAGGUGGCAUAUAUUUAAAAAAAAAAAAUGUAAAUAGAAUAACUGAAGGACAGUAGUGUGCUGAUUUGAUUUUGGUAGAAGUGACUAAUAAAGGGAAAUAUGUGAUGCAGAAAUUCUUAGUUAUGCUCUGAAGACAUUUUCUAUAUAACUUGGACCAGAUACUUCUCUUACAAGUUCCAAAUUAGAAGAGCAGAAUUCAUUCUUAUUGGUCAAACAGUGAAUGUAAGAGACAUCUAACUGCAGCCUUACAAAAAUGCUUAUCCGUGUGUAAGAGUGUGGGAUUUUGUUUUUACUAUUCAAUCUCUUUCUUCAGUUCUGCCUGUGAGAUCAGUUUAAUGAAAGCAAGGAGUUUUUAUGCAGGGGGUAAUGUAGUUGUUUAUUAAGGAGAGAGCUUUGCACAUCGUGCUCAUCGGUGUUCACACUUAGAUGACAGAAUGUUUUUUCAGAUUGUUUCAAAACCAAGAAAAUUUGCAGGAAUAAAGAAAAGCUGGCUGUGAGAGGAAAAAUUGAAGAAUAAGUAUUUUCACAAAGUAACCCUAAAUUAGCAAUUUGAACAUCAAUGGGAAAAACAUUACUUCACACUGGUACUAUCCAGGUGAAUAUGAUUUGCAAGGUUAAUCGCAUACACAACUUGUCUAUGCACAGUUAAUGGUAGCUUUACUGGAAUUGUUGUGGACCAUGUCAUUUUCUUUGCUCUAGUGCACUAUGGACUGACUGGCUCAGCUGGUGAGCAGGUAAAUCAGUACUUGUACCCUAAAGCAACAGGCCAUACUGCUGAUGCAGCAUGUAUCAGACCAGUGAUGGACAUAUCAGGCUAGAUGCUGAUGGGUAUAAAUAAAAUGGAAAAAAGGCAUUUUUUUAGAUGUCUGAGGUAGAAGCAAAAUUGCUAGACAUGUAAAGGAAUGCCCUCAAAAAUAGGGCAACAUGCCAUAAGCCAAGAGAUGUUCCAAAAAUACCAGAGCACGUGAGAAAAAAAAGCUGAUUAUGCAAAAACAGUUGUUGUUUGAGUUCUCAUGACAUCUGUAAUGUCUUCCAGGCAUUAACACCAUUUAUCAAUAUUCUUGUCUGACAAGUUUAUAGUCCUGUAACCUGCUGUGGCAGUGCUGAGACUAAGCCCUCCAGAAAUUGUGCAUGAGAGCUGUAUUUGGAAAGGGAUGAGGAAGUCAGUGUAAGAGAAAGCAGUGUAAAAGGUCAACUUUUUUUUCCUAGUACUGUUACUUUCAGAUGAACAUGAGUUUGUGAUGUUCUCUCCCUAACCUCUGUGCCUUAACUUUAACACUACACUUUGCUUGGGGAAUGUAACAUUUUGACAGCUGGUGUGAAGCACCAAGUUUAAGCCGUGUCUUGGUUUCAGAGCCAUGCGUAAAAUACGUAUUUUCUUGUAUGGAAUUUCUUGCCUUGAAGAUGAAAUGUUAUUUGGACUGUCAUUUAUUUUCUUGUAUUUAUUAGAAUCCAUUUGCACUAACCUGAUCUCAGUGUAGGUGUACAGAGCUUAUUGUAGCUGUGUCUGAAAACUGGGUAGAUUAGAGAUGUGUUUGUUUACAAUAGGCAAUAGGAAACUGGUCACAGGGAGAAAUAUCUCUGCUGCAAUUCGCAGUGUCUGACUUUGGCGUAUAUGUUCACAAUGGUGAUUAGCAUUUGAGGUUGGUGUGAGUUUUUUGUGUGUUUGUUUUUGUUUCCUUUUUAGUUUAUUGCCCAAGAUUCUUAUGAAUUUUUUCAACAUUGAGAUUUCUGUUGUUUCUUAAUCUUGAUACUAUAGAGUGUAAAAUUAACCAGGUGCUGCUGAUAUUAUUUAACAAUGCAGGACUAUGACAAAAUUUUCAUCUUGGAAUAAUCUUUCCUUUUUUUUUUUUUUCUUUUCUUUUUUUUUUUUUUUUCUUAGCUUAAAAUAUAUGAAGAGAGUUAUGGGUUUUGAUUACCUUCUCUAUUGACUUUUCUCUGCCUGAUUUGCUAUUGAUACGCAUUCCUGAAUUGGAGAUGUAGGUACUGAGAGGGAUCCAUGAAACCAUUUCUCUGCCUUAGGCCUCCCUAUCCUAUCUGGUAUCUACCACUGAUUCUUUACAGACAAAUUGGAAUACAGAAGUUAUUUUUACAAAAAGGUGCCACAAGCAGCUGGUGUCAGAAGUGACUGGAACUGAGUUCUGACUCCCACGACCUGUGUCAGACCUUCUGAAACAGAAAUAUUGCCAAUCUUUGCAGAACAGUUUGAUGGAUUCUCUUGCUACAUACAUGCUGGCAUCCCUGGAGUAUUUCAGGUUGCUAAGAGUGAGGAUUUUUUAACAUACACUUCAUUUUCCUUGUAGCUGUUCCAAGCAGUUAGCGUUUACACAUUCUCUCACUAACUGACUGAUCUGUGUAUGGAUUUGAGAACCAAAUUCUGUUGACUGAAAGGGAUGAAAGCAUUGCCACCAGCUAAUGAAAAUGAGCAGGUAGUUUUCUGGAAACUGGUUAGAUCUGUUUUCCCUUGUCAUAGGAUUUUCCUAAUGGGAGACGUGAAAUUCUUUAAAACAAUACGUAGAGCUCCAUCCCAGAUUCUGUUUAACUGGCAUUCAUCUGUCAUAUAGUACAGUAGUUAAAUACCACAUAUGGGCUAUGAGUUUGAGGUAAUUGCUAAACUGUUGCUACCAAAACAGCUGUUUGUUAACAAAGCAGUUUCUGUAUGGUUGUACUGUCAAUCCUAGGCUUUUAAGCUUGAGGGUAGGGUGUAGUUGGUUUUCUGUUGUUGCUUAGAAAUAGUUGGGAAAAUAGUUGGGAAUGAGGCUUGUUUGUAUCUAUGCAGUUCUCUGCUGCUGCUUAACUUGCUUUGUCAGCUCCCCAGGGUACAAGGGCAGAUGUGUGUCUCUGCAAUCCUCCAGGCCAGGUAGGAUGAGAGACUUCCUUACUACCACAGCCAAGCAGAGUGGUCUCCUGCUGUCCUGAUGUGCUCCUGUCAUGCUCCCAGUGUCGGCUGUAGGCUUUGAGUGUCUUUCCUCCCAUUAGGCUGAUCCCAAAGGAUGGCACUGGAUUAAACAUCAGUUUUUGCAGGAGCUCUUUCUGGCUGUAUGUCUCCUACACUCGUGCACUGUCAGCAAAGUGGUUUGCAAGUUUCCCAGCCUGUUCCUGAUUAAACAAUCCUGCUUUCUUUAAAUUAGCUAUUUACAUUGCUAAACAAAGUUGGCUGAAUUUGACUGAAGUGGAUUAGGGUUAUUCAGGAGAAUGGUGGGAGCUUUAGCAGGAGGGCAGUUAUGAGAAACUAUCUUAAAUUUCUUUUCCUGAUUGCAAAGCAGCCACAAUUGUACAGUCUUAACUGACAGUAAAACCUGUGGAGAGGAGCAGUCGGCACGGUACAUCAAGCUGAAGACUGUCUUCACCUUCUUCAACACUGUGCUUGGCAGUGGGGCUGUGAGCCUGCUCAGCAUAUUCAAAUCCAGUCGAGCACAUCCAAAAAUAUUUGAAGGCUCCACACUGACUCUCAGGCAUCUCUUAUGCUUAUGGUGCUGUGAGAAUCAGUGCAGAGGGUUCUCCAGGACAUGUGAAGACUUGCUGUUAAGUAGCUGAACUGUGAGUUUUUGCUCUGAAAAGCCACAUGUACAUUAUGUAGAGUGUGAAUUUUUAAAGCGUUAAGCUCAUAUUAAAAUCAUAAUGCUAGCAAUGCCCUUUGGAUUCAAGUAUUUGAAGGAAUUGUGCCCUACAGCUUGUACUCUGUGCUUGCAAACAGCAGGGCAGGGUUGUGGUCCUGUACCGUUUGGUUCUACCAUUGCACCCACCAACUUUAAAAUGCAGUGAACUGUUUCAUGCAAUGCUAAGAGCUCAGCACAAGAUGUUUUUGCAUAAUGGCCAUUGUGGUAAUCCUCACUCUGUUCAAAUCUGUGCAAUAAAAAUACCAAGCUUACUACACUGAAGGGAAACAUUUUGUGAGAUAUUUGAGGGGUUGUAUGAAGUUGUAAUGAAUUAAUAUGCUGGUAGUGCCUUUAAGAUGGAAAUUCAUCUUUGUUUUAUUUUAUUGCUGUAAGCAGCGGGAGGUAUCUAGAUUAAAUUUUAUGCUGUUCAGAACUAUCACUUUCAUACCUUUGAGAACUUAAGUGCCUUUUAAUGAUUAUUAAAUCAGAAUGAUAAUGCAAUUGUUUUAUAUAUAUUAAAAAAAAAAGCAUAUAGUUUCGUAGCCAGUGUUGCCUUGAACUUCCAUUAAAAUAAUUGUGAAAUGUUUAAUUAUUUUUCCAUUCUAUUUUAAUUCAUAUUUUAAUGUAUUAUGUUCUUUUUGGUCCUUAAAGAUGUU